AGAAUUUUGAAUCUUCCCUUGUUUGUUCUUGAAAUUCUACACAGUUAUAGAUUUUGGGGUUGCUUCAUUUUGGAAAGAAAAACAGAAAGAAGAAAAAGGGUUCAAAUCUUUCUGUGUUAAAGGGGUAUUUCUUGCUUUUUAUGGUCAUUCAAGAAGAUAGAUAACUGGGUAUUGAAUUAGUGCUGAAGAAAUGUUGAGUUGAGUUUCAGAGAAAACUGGGAUUGUCACAAGCAAGAAGUAUCAAUUUUCAACUGCAUUGAGUAAUUGAAGCUCAAUGUUUGUUGUUUUUUCUCAAUUAGAAAUUUGCUGCGUUUUAGUUCUGAUAUCCAAUUUGUGUUCUUGAAAUGGAUCAUUCUAAAGCUAUAGAAAUUAAAAAGGAUAAGAAUGGGGUUGAACAAGUUUUGCUUCGAAAUCCAAGUGGCGCCUCUGUUCGAGUUAGCCUGCAUGGAGGACAGGUUCUUUCAUGGAAGACUGAUCAUGGUGAAGAAUUACUUUUUAUAAGCAGAGAGGCAACUUUUAAGCCGCCAACAGCUGUGAGGGGAGGGAUUCCAAUAUGUUUUCCACAGUUUGGAAAAGCGGGCUCCCUUGAGGAACAUGGAUUUGCGAGAAAUAGGAUGUGGAACAUUGACAAUAAUCCUCCCCCACUGCAGUCAAAUCAUUCCAAUGACAAAACAUAUAUCGACUUACUACUUAAAUCAUCUGCCGAUGAUCUUAAAGUCUGGCCUCAUGAUUUUGAAUUCCGCCUGAGAGUGGCUUUGGCUUUAGAUGGAUCUCUUGCCUUGACAUCACGCAUCAGGAAUAUCAGUUCCAAGAAUUUUAGCUUCUACAUUGCACACCAAACUUAUUUUUCUGUCUCAGAUAUCAGCGAUGUGAGAGUGGAAGGCUUGGAGACUCUUGACUACCUUGAAAACUUGUUCGACGGAGAACGUUUUCCAGGGAAAGGAAAUGCCGUAACAUUUGAAUCCGAGGUGGAUCGAGUUUAUCUUAGUUCAAUUGAAGAGAUAGCAGUUCUCGAUCACAAUCCCUGGAACAGUAGGACUUUUCUGAUAAAGAAUGAAGGACUUCCUGAUGUUGUGGUUUGGAAUCCAUGGGAGGAAAAAUCUGUAGCCAUAGCAGAUCUUGGAGAUGAAGAGUACGAGCAUAUGGUAUGUGUAGGCGGAGCAGCUAUCGAGAAACCAAUCACCUUGGAGAAAGGUGAGAAAUGGACCGGAACGUUGAAACUGUCUGUCAAGCAUACAACACAACCUAAUUAGUGAACGUAUGAGCUCCUUAGUGAAGUCGUAGACUAAGAGCCAAUAUCAAUGUUCUUUUAGUAUUGUACUUAGAUGAUUGAUGUAUAAAUGUCAUUCUUGUGCAA